GACGUAUAUGCAGGAACAAGAAGAAGAGACGACGUUCGAGGCGGAGGACGACGCCGUCGUGGAUCUCUUCGAGACCGAGUUCAGUGAGUCCGAGGCGGAUGGCUUCCUGAUAUCGUUGGAUCAGCAGGACCUCACGGAGGAUGGGGCCUAUCAUGUCUUUGCCCAAUUCGUGGAGACCAAGCGCAAGCGCACCUGGAAAGAGUCGAAGGACAUGAAGAAUGCUCGUCGCAUAGUUCGAGACUUCUUCGACAGACGUCGCGGCAAGAAAAUUGGCAAAAGUGAAUUAAAGAAAAGAUCCAGAUGCACGAACUGCGGGCAGAAGGGCCGCUGGAAAGAGGACUGCCGCAACCCUUACAGGUCAAAGGAGGACAGGCUUGAGGAGGGGAGCAAGCCGCAGUCGAAGCCGGACAAGACCAACAGUUUCUACUUCAACGUGCGCGGCUUCGACGGCCCCACCUGCCUCGCAGUGCCCGAGGGCGAGUUCCAGACGUGCGCCGAGGAUCUGAUCGGCGGCGCGUGGCUACCCGACGACGCCGAGCAGCUCGAGCUCGUCUUGGCCGGGGUCUCGCGGGAGCUGACCUUGGACAACCUGAUGGACUGCGCUCUCGUGGACACUGCUGCGGGAUCAGCCUUGGUAGGAGAGACGAAUCUCGAGGAGCACAGGAAGGCCCUGAACCGCAUCGGCUACGAAGUUCACGCGUCCUACGACGUGGCUGAUCUUCCUCCGGCGUGCGGAGUUGGAGGCAAAGUCAAGCCGUUUUUAGAGUUUCUCAAGGCCAAGGUAGACAUGAGCAUGGGCGCGAUGUCGGUCGGGGCCGGCGAUGGUCGUCGAGAACUGGAGCUGCGUCGCCUGCCAUCAGGGCAUCGUGCAGUAUCUCUGGUGGGAUGUCUGCCCGAGGAUUUCAAGGUCAGUGACGACCUCGCCAAGCGCUUCCCGCCCUUCAUCAUUCAGGGACCUCGCUCACUGUCGGCUCUGCGGCGCCGGGCGAGCAAGGUGGUGAGCGGCCUCUCUCAGGUCGAGGAGGAGGGCAGCUCGGAUCUCGAGAUGGCCGAGAACUGGGAGGAGAUGCCAGACCCGUGGCGCGACGCGGAGCUCCAGCAUCUGGUGUACGACGAGAUGCUCGAUCCAGUGGACAAGGAGAUGUUCUUCGAGGGCCGCUACAUCAUCGAGAAGGCUGCCAUGGCCUGGCGCCGCGUCUCUCUCAAGACGAUCGUGUUCCUCAACGUGUGCGCCAGCUCGCGGAUCAUGACCGCGCUGUCGCCGGUGGUGGGCCCGAACCAGUUCGAGGGCGAGGGCCCCAACGUGACUCCGGACACGUGCGAGCAUCCAGUACAUCGCCACCGCUCCGGCCAGAAUGGAGUCGCUCACUACUGCCAUUGCGAGGUGUGCAAGACCCGUCUCUGGAUCCGCCGCGAGACCCCUCAGGAGAUCUUCGAGGCAGCUCAGGCUCGUGGCCGUCGGGACAAGGAGCGCAAAUACCACGAGGCCAUCAAGAUGCAGGCCGAGAUACUUGCCCAGAGAGCCAAGCUGGAUAUCAAGAUGGAGCCGGAGCCGCAGCCGCGCGAGCCAGCCUACCGCAUCCGCCCGGUGCCGAUCUCGAGGACUUUCGGGGCAGUCCCCAAGGUCAAGGCCCCCAAGGCUCAGGCAGGGGACCUGGAGGUGAUCGACGAGGCCCCUCCGUGCACUUCCUACUCGACGGCCCGCGCGACGGCGGUGAAGUCACCUCCGGCAGAUCCUCACUUGGUCGGGUGCAAGUCACCACCGAAGACUCCGUCGAGCGGGGCGUGGGUCAGGAUGCUCGAGCCGCCUCCCUCGGCGAGGAUCACGCGCGCGGACGUCAGCAGCAUGAUGGACAGCAUCAGGAACGUGCUUGCUCAGGAGCGCCAGGGAGUGCAGGAGAUCCGCGAGGCGAUCAUCGAGGAGGUGCGCACCGAGAACGUGAGGGCCAUGGAGGAGGCGAUGCGUAAG